AUGAAAGCGAAAGCGUGGGUGUUGGGUAUAGAAAAGUUAUUUGAGAUUUUUCCAUGUACGGAGGCUCAAAAAGUGCAAAUUGCAGCGUUCAGUCUUGAAGACAAAGCACGAAGGUGGUGGAUUCUCACAAGAACUGAACAUCAAGAGUUAACACGGCUUCAAUUUUUGAAGCUGUUCUAUGACAAGUAUUUUCCACAAUGUACACGGGACAAGAAAGUGACUGAGUUUGAGACCUUGAGACAAGGGAACAGGACUGUUGUAGAGUAUGAAGCUCAAUUUACUGAAUUGGACCGUUUCGCACAACAUAUGGUGGAUACGGACUACAAGACGGCGAGAAAGUUUGAAGGAGGAUUACUGACUGCUAUUCUCGACCUGAUCAAUGUGUUGAAAUUACCUACAUAUGUUAAUGUGUUGGAAAGGGCAGUAAUUGCUGACGGUAAUAUUGCCGCUCAAAGCCGAGUCUCAGAAUGGAAAGGGAAGAGACAGAAUACCCAAGCCUCAAGGGGUUCAGUGGCAUCACCGAGUAAGAAAUUGAAUUCGGGAACUUCUAGUACUUCCACCUGUACCCAUGACUCUGCACCAAUUUGUCUGGAUUGUGGAAAGAGACACCAUGGGAUUUGUUACCAGGUAACGACGGCAUGCUUCAAGUGUUGCAAGACGGGUCAUUUAGCAAGGGAUUCCCGCAAAGGGAUCAGUAGAAUGGGAAUAGAACUACCACAAGUUCAGCUGGCUUAA